AUGAUAACCGCAUUAAAGAAAAAAUUUGUGGGUGUAGAUACUAGUGAACAUGGUAGCGAGCCUAGCCAAAUGCCUUAUGGUAUUGCAACUCUUGAUCAUAAAUUGCAGAAGAAGUAUUCAAAGGGUGUACAGUAUAACAUGAAAAUUGUUAUUCGAGGUGAUCGCAAUGUUGGCAAAAGUUGUCUAUGGCGACGUUUACAAGGCCUUUCCUUCAUCGAUGAAUAUAUACCAACAGAUGAAAUACAGGUGGCAUCUAUACAGUGGAGCUAUCGUGUAACAGAUGAUGUUGUGAAAGUUGAUGUGUGGGAUGUGGUCGAUCGAAGCACCAAAAAGCGUAUUAAAUCGGAAGGCUUGAAAUUCAAGAACGCGAAAGUAGAAUUUGAGGAAUUUGCUUGUGAUGCUCAAUUUGUUAAUGUGUACAAAGGAGCCAAUGGAGUCAUACUAAUGUUUGAUAUCACUAAAAAUUGGACAUGGGAUUAUGUGACUCGAGAACUAUUGAAUAUCCCGAGUAAUAUACCGGUAUUAAUCCUCGGUAACAGACGAGAUAUGGGACACCAUCGACAAGUUUCAGAUGAUGUUUGUCGAGCAUUCAUAGAAAACUAUAAACGUGGUGCAAAUUUUAUCAUAAUAUUAAACAAAGUUUCGUGGAUAACUGUUGCUCGACAUUCGACGGCAGCAUUAUUCUACUUAUUAGUACUCGUGCAGUGGCCUACCAGUAACUUAAGCAUGGCUAAUAUUACAGCUACUCGAGUAGGUCUAACAAACACUGCUUUUAUAUUGUUCUUUUGGUGUGCUAUUUUUUAUCAUUACAUGGUAUCCGCGGGACGAGUAGAAAUUGACUGGAUUAACGGAAGAUUUCUUGCUAGUGGUUGGUUAGUUCAAAGUUCACGUCGUACUCAUCGAUUACUCUUAGUAUUAUCAGUUGCUGUGUCAUCUGCAGCAGUUAUUCAUGCAAGUACUUUGCAUUUACUGUUGAAUGCUGAACGGCAAUCACUCGAAUUUCCAUCUACUUCUUUAUCAUUUAAUAUUUUGAAGAUUGAUUUCUUCUUUGUUUUAUUAUUUGCUCUAUACUGUGGUGCUCGAUUAAGUUUAGAACCAACAGGACUUUCAAAAAGGUCACGCCAUUCUGCUGUAACUGUUGUGGCACAUACUACCUCCCUUCCAUCGCCAUCUACUUCAAGUUCUAGAAAUUGUACAGAAUCUGUUGUUAGUUUAAUUGAUUCUUCACAAAGAUAUAUACCGCAAGAAGUGCUACAACCACAUCAUAAAUGCCCGCAGUACAUUGAAGAAUGCAAAAUUUGUCUUCAGUACGUUGCUGAUCGAGUAAUUGGUUGUAGUCAUGUGCUGUGUAGUAGUUGUUUAUUGAAAAUAAUUAUGGAAUGUCAAGGCGAAAACAGCCUGAAUGGUAUUCGUUGUCCGUUUUGUCGACAACAGAUAUGCUAUGUUCGAGAAAUUCAAUUUACUGUAUCUGAUUGCUUCAUUCCUAUUUCUGAAUAUCUCCAAGCCAGAAUGACUCUUAUGAAUUCAAAUGUUUGGCAAUUCCGUGAGGAAUCUGUAAAUACAAAUAAAGGAAAUGAGCCUGCUGCGAUUCGUUAUUCACAAUGUUCAAUGCGCAAUGCUUUUGGAUUGCGUUUUCUUUAUCUCUUCUUUAAUAUACCGUUCUUAUAUCUACAGCGAGAAACACUAUUGGGUCAGUUAAAGACCAAUCAACGUGAUAUCAAGUUAAGUUUCGAUGAGCUGGAUAUGUUUGAAGAAACACAAGAUGCGAGCUAUGAUAAGUUCAUUGAGAAUGUGGCCGCGCGUCGAAGACUCGCUGCAGAAAAAGCUGCGCCUUUAUCGAUGUCUGAAGCAACAGGACGUGGAUUGCCGGUUGGUGGUGGACAGCUCAUACCAUAUAGUGGAUUUCAAGAUGAAUCUCGUGUUUGCCAACAUUCAAAAGAUAUUGUAUCGUUGUCAGAUGCCACGCAUUCGAUGCAGUCAGCUGUUCUUCAGUCGCCUUCAAAAUUAGACAAUACGUCGCAAGAGGUGAAAAUAGACAUAGAUGUGUCUCUUAAUCACGCUUGCAGUAGCGAUGAAGAGAUGAACAAUAUGGUAACUACUUACGAGGAAGACAUAUCAUCUGAAGAGGAAUUUCAAGCUGAAAAAGCGGUGAUAUCACAAAAGCGAUUGGAUAAUUCUCGAUUACAGUCAUCUUCUUCGAAUCGAGAACCACAAACGCCUAUAGCUUACCGAGUACCUAUCACUAAUUCUACUCAUGACGUUAAUGGAAGUAGUGAGUAUGAAAUAUCACACAAAAGAAUGCAAUCAAAAUUUAGCAAUGAUGAUUUCGAUUCUUGGCUUGAUGAUAUCGAUAGCGUAGAAGAUACUACCGAAGUGCCAUUCAAAGAUCCGGAUGAUACAGUGCCGAACUUAUUGGUUGCUGCUAUACCUGUUGAUUCUGAAAGUGAUGACGAUAUCAAACAUCAUGUUGUCUCCUCUAGAGGUACUUAUGUCGAGGGAAAAAAUUUUGACGUGAAAUCAAAAAGUAGCAUAAAGAAGAAGACAGACAAGAUUUCUCAUCAUGAAGAAUUACCCAGUACACAUGAUCAUAACCAGAAAAAUAGUAAAAUAUUGUCAAAAAGGUGCCUUUUUGACAGAGAGUGUUCCAUAAAUCCGAAUAGUUAUGACCCUCUGUAAAC